UGCAACACCUGUAUGUAGGACUGUGUGUUUGACUAACAACAGCAAACGGUCACUAGUACGAAAUAGGUUGCAAGGAAUAAGAGCUUCAUAAAUUUGUUCACAUUAAUUUAAGUUAAUAAAAGUGUCGUGCUGAGAAUACACGUCUAGAUCGCAAGCAUGUCUAUGAGUUCAAAUCAUAACAGUAAUACUGUCACUACGCAAGCCGUAAUGGAUCCCGAAUUCUUAUCCAGAUUAAUUCCACAAAACAAGGAACAAGUUCGACCGGCGUGCAAGAAAUGUGGCUAUGCUGGUCACCUGACAUUUCAAUGCAGGAAUUUCAUAAAGGUUGAUCCAAACAAGGAAAUAGUAUUGGACGUCAGUAGCACGAGCUCUGAUAGUGAUGAAAAUUAUCUAUCUCCACUGACUGAGUUGCGCGAAAAGGAACUAAAAAAGAAACAGAAGAAAGCAAAGAAGAAGAAAAAGAAGGAAAAGAAGCUUAAAAAAAAAUCAUCCAAACGCAAACGGUCGAGAUCCAGAUCUAGAUCAGAGAGCUCUGAUUACGAAUCCGAAACUUCAGAGAAAAAGAAAAAGAAAUACAAGAAAAAGAGUAAAAAAUCAAAACACAAAAAACAGAAUAAGCACAGCUCCUCCGAUUCUGAUAGCGACAGCGACUCUGAUUGAAAUUUUGAACUACCACAUGUAAUUUUUAGAAAUAAUGAAUUAAUAUGAACUGAUUUAGGAAGUAUGUUAUUGUAAAUAUUUAAACUUAGUUUUAUACAAUUACGUGGUAAACACGGUUACAUCGCUCUAUGCGGCAUGUGACGAUUGAGAAUAUCAAAUUCUGUGGAAUAAAUAUUUUACUUUUUUA